CCCAACACGGCGUGUGGUGUGGUCCUCUUUGCAACUUCACGCUGCGUUCAUUCGUAAACAAUGGAUCCGAUUAACUGAUACCGUUCUCCAAAACAUUCUUUUCAAAUAACAUUGUAAACAAUAGUUGUAGAGGUGAUAUUGACCAUUAAAUUUUUCAUUUUAGCAACGACUUGUUAUAAUAUUUUGUCGUUUUCGCGUGUGGUACUUGAUUCAAUUUUGUGUACAGUUACAAAAAAUGAAGCUGUUUCUGUUGUUGGCAUUCAUGUACCAUUUGGGGGUUGGUUUUGUGUUGGCGGAGUUCGAAAACAGCUGGAUAAUGUACAAAGAGCAGCCUUGUUGCAAUACAGGAGGGAAUCAUCAUCUUCGACAUCAUAGAGAGCAUGUUCGGGACUUCACCUGCGGAAAAAUGUAUUACCGUACUUUCCACAUCGAUAGCCAACGAGAUGCUUUAUACGUCGGUGCCAUGGACCGAGUAUAUCGACUUAACCUGAGCAAUAUUAAUCAAUCGAACUGUGAGAGAGACUCCCUGACGUUGGAGCCGAGUAACGUGGCCAACUGCGUGUCCAAGGGCAAAUCAGAGCAUUUUGACUGCCGAAACCAUAUACGAGUUAUACAACCAAUGGGAGAUGGUAGUCGGCUUUACCUAUGUGGAACCAAUGCACAUAAUCCCAAAGAUUGGGUAGUACAUAGUAAUUUAACUCAUCUAGGCCGGAACACGUUUGUUCCUGGUAUAGGAAUGGGCAUUGCCAAGUGUCCCUACGAUCCGACCGACAAUUCGACCGCCGUUUGGGUCGAAAAAGGAAACCCGGGCGAUUUACCAGGACUUUAUUCAGGAACAAAUGCCGAAUUCACUAAAGCUGACACUGUUAUUUUCCGAACCGAUUUGCACAAUCUCACCACCGGGAAAAGAGAGUAUAGCUUCAAGAGGACCCUUAAGUAUGACUCCAUAUGGCUCGACAAGCCAAAUUUCGUCGGAUCGUUUGAUAUUGGCGAGUACGUCUUCUUCUUCUUCCGUGAAACGGCAGUUGAGUACAUAAAUUGUGGUAAAAGUGUAUAUUCGAGGGUAGCCCGUGUUUGCAAAAAGGACAUAGGCGGCAAAAAUAUCCUUUCCCAAAAUUGGGCAACAUACCUCAAAGCAAGGUUGAACUGUUCAAUUCCAGGAGAAUUUCCGUUUUACUUCAACGAAAUACAAAGUAUUUAUAAACGUGCCUGA